AUGGCCGCUGGGGUUGAAACGGUUGCACAACCCCUGAGUAACUCGGCAGAUGGCCAGGCUGACCACAACCUGUCGCGUCUUGUGGGAUCCGAUCUCCCAGCAGCGGACGAAAUUCACGCGUCGAACAGUGUCAAAUCAGGCCUAGGAGUCCUUGAGAUCUUCCCUCUCGAGAUCCUUCACAUGAUCCUGUCAGGCUUGGAUAUCACAACUCUUACAAACUUCCGCGCAGCAGGUCAAGACGCCAAAAUAGUCGUGGAGAGCAUCUCGAAAUAUACAUCUAUAUAUAAACUGGCGCCAAGCGUAUUCAGAGCGGUCCUUUCCUUUGGAGCCGGUUCCUGGAUCACUUGCGAAGACCUCCGCGGUGCCCUGAGCAGCACAUCCUGUGCCGCGUGUGGCGGACCUGGAAGCUUUAUAUACCUCUUCUCGUGCGAGCGAGUCUGCCCGGAAUGCAUCACGCGCGGACCAGAGUACCCGACCGCUUUGACCGGCUUCGCCAGGUUUCUCUGUGACCUCGAUAGCAAGACGCUCGGCGAGCUGCGAACUAUAACUAUACCGGAACGAGACGCGUGUCCCGAUAUGGUGCACCGUCCGCUGGAACUGGUGAAUCGAAACGACGCUCUCAACGCUGGCAUUCGCCUUCACGGCCCAGAUUCACUGUUCUCAAAGAUUAGCGAUGGGGAGAGCGACGACGAGGACACUGACAGCGACUACGGCGAUCGGAUCGAACUUGAGGAAGGGAGCUCUCUGGCAACUGAGUCUACCGCAUCUUCCGAAAAGGCAGACCUCAUCAGCGGCGUCACCUUUUAUGCAGGGGCCGUCCGUGCUCCGCAGGUGAACUUUGCCGCUGGCUAUGUGGAGUGGGGUGUUUGCUGCAGCUCCUGCCGCAACAGUGGCCGCAUCGGCCGCGAGAAGAUGAAGUGGGAUGAAGAUGGCGCCGCCAAAUAUGCGGACUACCUCCGGGAGUGUAAUGGUGCGAUGACUAUUCUUUCAUGCCUGGAUUACUGUCAGCAUGUUGCGCGCAGUGCGGCGGUUGGCUACGUUCCCAUGAUUUUGAGAGGUUCGAUUCGCGAUUUGCUGGCGGAAUCUGCUGCGGUGGACCCGCCAUACCGCAUUAGGACUAGUCGCCGCGCGGAUCACGGGCUCCACCCAGCACAUCAGACGCUAAACCGUAUCCGCCGCAACGCCCAGCCAGCCAGCCAGCGAGCGAGCAUCUCCAAAGUUGUGGGCAUUUCGCGACGGGCGAGCGAGAGACGGACAGCAGCUGCGGCGACGAACAACGACGACGACGCCGACGACGACGACUACAGAAGCAACACCAAGACGAAGAGCCUGCGAACGAAUAUCCCGUUGACGCCUCCGCAGACUAGUCUACGGAGUACAUGGUCAGACUUUCGCUGGCGAACCGUCGCUUUGACGUGA